AUUAGUAACUUCUUACUUCUCCAUGACCUUUGCUUAUUCUUUACUCAUUUCCAUUCCUUAAAAGAGUCAUCUUCGAAUCACUGCUAUACUCAAAAUGAAAACAUACUCAAGUAUGAGACCUUCUACCACCACCACCUUCUUUUUAUUCCUCCUCCUCCUCUACCCCACCGCCACCGUCCCUACAUUGUCAAAAGCCACCAUUGCCACUGAAUCUCCCACCCCUUCUGCCACCUCCACCACCCUUGACCCAAACCAGCUAAGAGCCCUUCAAUACCUCCAUUUUUCAACAACUCAAGAUCCAUGCACACUAUCCACAUGUGACAAUGCCACCCCAUUCCGCCACCUUCUUUCCCUCCGUCUCACCAACUGCCCCUCUGAUCACCACCUUUCCACUACCAUCCUCUCCUCCUUAUCCACCAUAACCACCCUCACUUUCUUCAACUGUCACAUCCCUGUCAUCCGCUUUCCCACCACUCUCUCUACCAAUCUACACUCUUUCACCUCCAUCAAUUCCCUCCAACGCCUCACUGGAGUCUUCCUCAGCCGCUUCCAUAACCUCACUCAUCUUUACAUCUCCGGUGACCCCAUCAAAGCCUCAGGCAUACACAUUAUUACGUCAAAAAUGGAAUCUUUAAAGACCAUAACACUCUUCAACACACAUCUCACCGGAUACCUCCCAAAAGAUUGGAAUUCAAAACUGACCCAUAUCGAUUUUUCAAGAAAUAAACUCAAAGGAACCAUACCCACAUCAUUAACUCUCUUGAAAAACCUUAAAGUUUUAAACUUUUCAUCAAAUAAUCUCAUUGGAAUUAUACCCAACUCAUUUGGUGACUUAGUUUCUCUAGAAAAACUAUCUUUAUCAUCAAACUCAUUAUCCGGGCCAAUACCCGGAUCCAUUUCUUCCAUCCUUGGGUUAGUACAUCUGGACCUUGGUUCAAACCAACUCAAUGGAAUGAUCCCAGAGUUCAUCUCAGAAAUGACGGAGUUAAAGAUUUUAAAUCUUGAAAACAAUAAAUUCCAUGGUGUUUUGCCAUUCAAUGCAUCUUUUAUCAAAAAACUAGAUGUAUUCAAGAUUAGUGGAAAUGAAGGAUUGUGUUAUAAAAAUUCAAGUUUUUCAAUGGAAGUUAAGCUUGGGAUUCCUCCUUGUGACAAACAUGGAAUGCCCAUUGUGCCGCAGACCACAAUCAAUGAACCGUCCUCACCUAUAGUUGGUGAAGAAGGUGGCGGACAUGGUGGUGGUGAUUACGGUUAUGGUGAUGACAAUGCAGAAAAGAAGAAUCAAGUGAAUGUUAAUAGGGGCCCAAGUAAGGUGUUUCUUGGUGUUUCAGUUGGACUUUCUUCCAUGGUUUUCCUAAUUAUUUUUUCGUUUUUGCUAUUCAAAUGCUAGAUUUAGUUAGAUUUUGGGCUCUAUGUAUUCGCAUUGAGACUAAAAUUUUAAAAUAAUAUUAUAUGUAUAAUCAAAAAUAGUCCUUCUGUACGUUGUUAUUUUGAGGUGGUGAAAAUUUUGUUAAUCAUAACUUGCGACAUUGAUCAACAUUUUAUUAUAUUCCAAA